CGGGGUGGGUGCAUUUCCUCAUGCCACCGUGUGUGCGCCCUGCAGUACACGAUUCCGUGAUCCGUGGCUCCAUUUCCUUGCCGAACCAGCUUGCCGUGGCACUGCCAGUUUCGGUUCGCAGCUGGUUUCGCACGGUAGUGCUCCGAGCGAAUCGAUUUUGUGCGGUGUGUGUGUGUGUGUGGGUAGGCCUGUAGCGCGGAUUAAGGUGUGUGAAGCUUUGUUUGUAUGAUUAAGGGCUAAAACCAAGGUCCCAGAAUCCCAUAAGCUUACUGCCGCACAGACUAACAAACUGGGUGGAGUGUUGGGUGAUUGUACGUACUAUAAAGCAGAAGAAGUAAGAACUAAAGGUUUUAUGGAUAAAGACCAACAGUGGUGUGAAGCAAACUUCCGGGAUUCAGGAAGACGGCAGGUGUGGUUCGAUCAGGCUGCUAAGCGUACCGUUUCCAGUGGACGUCACACGCCCCGAAACAGCUGAUUAUUAAAACAAAAAAAGCAGAAAGCUGCACUGCAAAACCUGACCGUUAACGGGUUCCUCUUCGCCAAGCAGUGCACGGUCGCUGCAUAUCCUCGACCUCAGAGAGGGGCGCGUGUCAGUGCACUAAGAUUCGCGCGAGUCAAGGUCAGCAGCAGACGGGGAACCCGCCUCUCGCGCGAGAACAGAACACACCGUGAAUGGUGGGAGUGCUGCCACCGCUCAUUCGGACUGGAUGCUGUGUGACGCUUCUACCGCGCUACCACGUUCACCAAACAUUGCCAAGGAUCUUGCGAUCUUUCUGCAGGUUCUUGUGCGAGAGCGCCCGACGUCGCUAGAGAGCGCACCGAGAGCGUUUGGCCGCUCUGCUAGGAACGCGCGAGAGAGAAAGAGAGACGCAUCCACCUGAUCAUCACAUCCCUACUAUAAAAGCACGCCGCCCGUACAGUACGCUCGUGCAGAGUAGCGUCUAUCCUUGGUGCGAUUAGAAGACCCGAGCGGACCGCAACCGGAGAGUCUCCCGGUAAAUCAAAACAAAACAAAAAAAAAACAUUCUUCCCCCGCGUGGCCUGCAAUCAAAACAUAUCUCGUCCGACUGCUGCUGCUGCUCUUCUUCUGCGUCUAAAGUCAAAACAACGCUAUCAAACCUGCCGCUCAAACCUGCCAUCGGAUCCCUGAAGGGCCGACGACUUUAGCUCGCGUACAAGGUGUGAAGUUGUGUCGCCUAAACAACAACCACAACAACAACAACCACAACAGAAAAGCCGUUAUACAACGGACACUCAAACCGCCAAGGUGUGUUAAUUGAAGGUCGAACAGACACGCCGAACAGUGCGAUGUACACCGCCGUUACCUCGAUCGGGCGGCUAGUGGCGCUGGCCCUGCUGGCUGUCCUGCUCGCCCUGCUACAGUGUUCCGCGCCCUGCCAGGCGUCCCCGGUCAUGCUGGACAAGCUGUUCGGCUUUGCGGCCUACCAGCCGACCUACUCCGGCGGUGGCUACGGUGGCAACCAGUACGGCUACUAUGGCGGCGGCGGCGGCAGUGCCAGCGGGACCGGGUACGGCAGCCAUCAUCGCCCCACGGCCAGCUCGGCCACCAGCCACAAGCGGCAGGCGAAGGGGCGCGACUACAAGGACAUCUGCCGGGUGGUCAAUCCGGCCCCGUACGCGCUGCCCGGGCGGGCACCCUACCCGGCCGCACCCUUCUGUCCGUAUUAGGCUCCGGCGCUGUUGGAGCAGUGCGAGGAACGUGAUAGUUACGAUUAGGUGUUAAGGUUCGAUUUGUAAGACGUAAUAACGCGGUGUGACAGCGCAGUGGCUGGGGCAGAGAUAAGGGCGACCCGACACAACGGCUGCUGGUGUUCCUUGUGCUUACUUCCCCCGCAGCAAGAUGUCGUUAUAGAAUUUAAGAUGAAGAGAGGCAGCAUUUUAACCUCCAAUCUUGUGCGAAUAGCAUACGAAAUAUGGGCUGUUGCUGCUUCUCCCGCUAGAGAGUUUUCCAACACAAUAAAGUUACGAAACAAAACAACAA